AUGGGUAAUUACAAUAUUACAGAUAAGAGUGACUUUCCAGAUUCAUCAAGUACUUAGAAUUCUAUAAAAGUUCUAUCUGUGCAUAACUUUGAAUUUAUUGAGGUUCUGUGGUAUAGAACAUAUGGGAAGGUUUUGGAAAGCGAGGUGUAGAAAAAACAAAGACUAUUUGCCCUAAAAGUGAUGUGA